AUAAGAGAGAAGGGAGGGGAGAGAGAGACCCUUCCUCUGUUCACCCACCCUCUCUCUCUCUCUACAGGCACACAUAAUCACAGCCAAAUCAUCCUCCCCAACGAAACAAGAACGCCAUUCUCGCGUACACAGAAGGGGAGAGGAAAAAUCAUCUCCUUCCACUUCUCCUCCUCCACCAAAUCCGCCAAAAAUCCGAUCUUUAUUCCAGAAAGACCCUCCUUUUCUUGGUUCAUACAGAUAUAUACAGCUAUAUAUAGCUUUUGGUCUCGUGGAUAGGUUCUUGGCUUCCCUUCGGGCUGUUACUUAGAGUGAGUCCAAAUCGCCUGCGACUGAAGGGGGCAUGGCGGAGGAGGAGAGGCGGCGUUUUGCGAAUCUGCGCAGCGUCCGGUGGCGGGUCGAUCUCGGCAUCCUGCCAGCGUCGCCGGAGGCAUCCGUCGACGAGCUCCGCCGCGCUGCCGCCGAUUCGCGGAGGAGGUAUGUUAGUUUGAGGCGACGCCUUAUGGUAGACCCUCAUCUUCCAAAGGAGGAGGACAGAUCAUCCAACCUCGUUGUUGACAAUCCGCUCUCUCAGAACCCAGAUAGCAGCUGGGGUCGUUUUUUCAGAGGGGCUGAGUUGGAGAAGACUGUUGACCAAGACUUGUCUCGAUUAUAUCCAGAAGAUGAUAGUUACUUUCAAACUCCUACUUGCCAGGCCAUGCUGAGGAGAAUACUAUUAAUGUGGUGCCUUCAGCACCCGGAGUGUGGAUAUUGCCAAGGAAUGCAUGAACUAUUAGCUCCUCUUGUGUAUGUUCUUCAAGUUGAUAUUGAUAAACUUUCUCAAGUACGGGAACUCCAUGAAGACUGCUUUAAUGAUGAUUUUGAUGGAGUGCCUUUCCCUGAUACCGAUAUGGUUUUUAGUUAUAAACCUAGAAAGGAUUCAAAGUGGAAUUCAGGAGCUGACAAUGAGAAUGAUUCUGAAAGAGCUUCCAAAGUUAACACUCUUGAUGAGCUUGACCUGGAUACAAAAGAAAUAAUUUUACUUAGUGAUGCAUAUGGAGCUGAGGGUGAACUAGGCAUUGUAUUGUCUGAAAGGUUCAUGGAACAUGAUGCCUAUUCGAUGUUUGAUGGUUUGAUGGAUGGAGGUAGCGGAAGGGUUCGCAUGGCGGAGUUUUUCUCCGCAUCCAAGGUUGGAUCUAGUUCAAGUCAACCACCUGUUAUUGAAGCCUCAUCAUCUUUAUUUCAUUUGCUUUCAAUUGUUGAGCCAUCUCUUCAUAGCCAUUUCAUUGAGCUGGAUGUGGAACCACAGUAUUUUGCACUUCGUUGGCUGCGGGUCUUGUUUGGACGAGAGUUAUGUCUCAACGAUCUUUUAGUAGUAUGGGAUGAAGUCUUCGCUUGUUCCAAUGAGAUGCUGCUUAGAAACGAUGAAGAAUACAGUUUUAGAAUCUUGUGCUCAUCUAGAGGGGCAUUCAUUGCAGCCAUGGCUGUCUCUAUGCUUCUUCACCUUAGAUCAUCUCUGUUGGCUACUGAAAUUAACACAUCUUGUCUUCAAAGAUUAUUGAACUUUCCAAACAACAUUGAUGUGCAGAAGCUAAUUGAGAAAGCCAAAUCUCUACAGUCUAUUGCCAUUGAUGCGAACACAUCAUCCCCAUCUUUCCUAUCAAAGAAGGAUAGCUGUGAGUAUGAUACGGUUCACAGCAAUCUUGCUACUUCAACUCCUCCAAGAACUCCACUGCGUACAUUAUCUGAGAGUUACUGGGAAGAGCAGUGGAGAAACCUGCACAAAGAUGGAACAGCUCCCAAGGAGAUUGAAAAAGAUCAUUCUUUCAGCAGAUCACAAAAGAAAUCUUUGAGCCAGAGUCUUGGAUUAUCUAGGAGAGAGUCAGAUCCUUCUCCAGUGAAGGUAGUCAGCGUGAGGAGUGACACUAAGAAUUCAGUGAGACGGUGCCUACUGAGCUCUUUAUCAGAUGAAGUGAUACGGUCUAAAGAAGUUGCUGGGAAAAUUCAACAAGAUGAAUUCCCUAUUGUCUCAAUUCACAAGGAGUCUCUUCUGAGUUCUGAAAGGCCCUCACAGCUAAAGGUAGCUGGUGAAGAUUUAACAGUAAAAAAUUCACCAGUUGAACCUGCUGAUGCGAGUGUGACACAAACGACAGAAACAUGUGCAGCAGAAGCUUGUUCCAGUGGUGAAAACUCUCCAGUGUUCUAUACAGCUAGUGCUGGUAAUGAGCUUGAGAAUAGUCAUGACAACGAUUCUGAGAGUAGCAUCACUUCAAAUUCGUGCGCUGGUGACGAUGACAGAGAUGAAUUUCCCCAAGAUGAGUCAUCCAGCUCUAACUGCGAGGAGAAAGCCGUCUCAGAAGCAGCAGCAUCUGAUAAAAAUUCAGAACCAGUUGGACCCUUUGAAAGAACCGCUGUUUCUAAUGAAAGAAAGCCAUUUAUUAGUAAACUGCAAUGGUUCUUGAAGCUUGGCAGAUCAUCAGGUGAAAGCAACAUAGAGAAGAGUAGUGGUGAGACAUCAGAUGAUAAACUUGAUGUUGUUCCUCCCAGCUCUUCACCUUCUGAUGUGAGUUCAGAUAACUCCCGUGGUAACAAUAAUUUGGCUUCUGGUGAUAAGAAGGUCAUGGGCACACUCCAGAACAUUGGACAAAACAUGCUUGAAAAUAUCCUGGUGAUUGAAUCAGCGUUUCAGCAAGAUCGUGGUCAGCCUAGCCCCAUGGAGAACUUCUCAAACAACAUUCUUGGAGGCAAAGGGCAGGUCACGGCAAUGGCUGCUCUGACAGAGCUUCGCAAGAUCAGCAAUCUACUCCGUGAGAUGUAAAUUUGCAAACCGCUCGCAUGUCGCCCAUUCUUUCUCGAUUCAUUAGCUCAAAUAAGGCCCUCUGGCCCUGUAGUAAGAAGGCAGGCACCUAGCCCCUUGUAUAUAUAGAUUCCAUUCGAUUCCAUUGAGUUCAGUAUGUAAUGUCUGUACCUAAGGGUCGCCUAUCAAUUUAGUUGCACGAGAUGAGGGAAUAAACUCUCUUGGGCGUUAGGAAGCAACAUUUUGAUGGAACAAUUUUGUAAGCGUAAUCUUUUAAGGUAGAAUAAAUGAAAUAAGUUAUGUCC